CAGAGACACAGAGAGACAGAGAUACACAGAGACCUAGAGAGACACAGAGAGACAGAGACACACAGAGACCUUGAGAGACAGAGACACACAGAGACACAGAGACACACAGAGACCUAGAGAGAAAAGCAACGUGGACGUACAGAGACACGAGAUGGCUUCACUCGGCAAGUCUCCUCCACCUCCUCCUCUGCUCAUCAAACAAGAGGCUGAUGAGGAGGAGAGCCCAGAGUCUGGGAUGAACCCUCACCUGGUGGUGAAAUGUGAAGACGCCGCCCCUGACGAUGACGAAGACGAUGAAUCAGCAAUGGCAGCAGUGGCAGCGCCAAUCGCAGGAGCGGCCGUGAAGCAGGAGGGUGAGAGGUGCGUGGACUCUGAGAUCGUGAGGAUUCUGGUGAAGGGCGAAGUGGAGGAGGAGGAGGAUUCGAACGUCGUGAAGAGCGAGCGGCCGGAGGAGUCGCGGCAUUCCCGGGAAGGCCGUCUGGCCCCUGCGGACGGCGGCUUCAUCGAGGUGGAGCUGUCGGAGGAGGACGCUGGCGAAGUUGAGAGUCCCGCCCCUGAACGCGUCGCACGCGGAGAGAGGGAACGCGCGGAGACCCCGCGGACGCGUCCGUCGCUCGGGAACUUCCCCGCGCGUGCCGAGGCGUCGGGGGCGAGCCGGCCGGGGGCCGCCAACGACGGCGACGACGACGGCGGCGGACGGCGGAGCCACGAGUGCGGCGAGCGGUUCGCGCAGCGCUGCCACCCGAGGGCGCGCGUCACGGCGCGCACGGGCGAGAGGCCGCACGCCCGCGAGCGCUGCCCCGAGCGCUUCGCCCACCGCCCGGAGCUGCGGCAGCACGCGAGGACCCCGGGGGACGAGCGGCCGCACGUCUGCGGGGAGUGCGGGAAGGCGUUCUCCCUGCGCUGCUACCUGAGGAGGCACGCGAGGACCCACGCGGACGAGCGCCCUCACGCCUGCGGUGAGUGCGGGAAGGCGUUCCUGGAGCGGUCCUGCCUGGAGAAGCACGCGCGGACCCACACGGGGGAGCGGCCGUACACGUGCGAGGACUGCGGCCGGGGCUUCUCGCAGCGCUCGAGCCUGGAGAAGCACGCGCGGACCCACACGGGCGAGCGGCCGUACGCGUGCGAGGACUGCGGCCGCCGCUUUUCGCAGCGCUCCAACCUGGAGCGGCACGCGAGGACGCACGCCGCCGGCGGCCCCGGCGCCGUCGAGAAGCCGCACGCGUGCGCCGAGUGCGGCCGGCGCUUCGAGCGGCGCUCCAACCUGGAGCGGCACGCGCGGACGCACGCCGGCGCGGAGGCGCACGCCUGCGGCCUCUGCGGCGAGCGCUUCCGGCGUCGCUCGGCGCUCGAGCGGCACUUCGGGACGCACGCCGGGGCGAAGCCGUACGCGUGCGCCGAGUGCGGCCGUCGCUACGCGCGGCGCUCCGACCUGACGAGGCACGGGCGGGCGCACGCCGCCGACGGCGGAGUCGCGAGGCCGCACGCGUGCGCCGAGUGCGGCCGGCGCUUCGCGCGGCGCUCCUACCGCGAGCAGCACGCGAGGACGCACGCCGGCGGCGACGAGAAGCCGCACGCGUGCGCCGAGUGCGGCCGACGUUACGCGCGGAGGGACACGCUCGCGAGGCACUCGAGAAAGCACGGCCGGGAGGCGGUGCGGGGCGACGGAUUUUUUUCCGUCGUGAUAGGGCCCGACGGGGAGCCGUCCAUGGCCUCGCCCGCCCACUGACGGCCCCGUUCCUAUCGAGCCCGCGUUCGCCUACGCGAUGCGCAAAUAAUAACCGCCUCCGUUUCACGAAGCGCCUUUCAUAUUGAAGCAUCUCAAAGCGCCGUGCGUAGAAAUGAAACUCGCAAGUAGAGAUGAAAUCCGAUUGGUGCGCAGUCGGCUGCGCACCGUGCGAAAGAAGCUCAACGUGGACAGCCGAUAAAUAAUGAUGUCAACGACUACACUCGAAAUGCCAAUAAAAUGAAAAACUAAAACGAA